AUGAAGGACGACGAAGACAGCCACGCCUGGAUGCCGCCUCCAGGAAAGCAUCAGUUUGGCGGCUACCAGCUGAACAAAAAUGGCGACUUCUUGGACCAGCUCCCCGACUUUUCGGGGCUGGCCAACGAUAGUCCUUGGCCUCUCCGAACAGUUGCUCCCAGCAUCAACGACCCCAGCCCCUACGACGCCCUCGGCAUGCAGCCCUACUAUCAAGCUGUUCCCUUUAGUUUUGGUGGCAGCUACCGAGGCCCGACUUUAACGUCAGACCCGGGCACCAUUCCCGAAGAUAUAGGAUAUGACGGUGCAGCUUUUAGCGCCGAUGGUACUGCUUCCAUCGCGUCCUAUCACGCUGAAGACCGAUCACCAGAAACAAAGCAGACGGAGGAGCUCUUCAACACACUACAGUUGGCUCGAUCACGGCGCGGCUCGAAAAGCGCUCGUGGAAGCAUUGGUGGCUAUAGCGAGAAGAAAUACAGAUGCACCCAUUGUGGCCAUCGAAGCAGCACCAGGGCAGAGUUCAAUAAGCAUAAUUACCGACAUAUCAAACCACAUCAUUGCACGGUACCGGGAUGCUCUCGCAAGGAGGGUUUUGGUACGCUCAACGACCUCGUCCGACAUAAAAAGUCCUGCCACAUGGAAGAAGGCCACGGCCCCAUGUUCGCAUGCAGUCAUGGCGAGUGCGCGAAACCCAAUCCAGGAAAACCUCGAAAGGCUUUCCCGCGUGCAGACAACUUUCGCAAUCACUUAAAAAAGCUGCACAAGUUGGAAAUCACGGCCGAGGAUGACCUCUCAAAGUACCACUACUGGCCAUCCGCGGAGAAGAGCGACUACAAUGACGAGCGAGACCUUCGAGGUAUUGGUGAAGGGCCCUGUGCGACCGAUCUACAAAGCCUCAGUAGCGAAGGUAUGGCUCGCCAUCCUUCACAACUACUGAAUAAGGAUCUUCUUGAGAGUCCUGUUCAGUCGCAAGAGCAAAAGGAGCUGGUAGAUGUUGGCAUGAUUGACGACUCAGCCGAACUCUUGCAAGCGCCAACCCAGCCGCAGCCACAGCCACAGCUGCAACAGCAUCAUAAUCAUCACACACAGCUAAAAGAUUUAGCAUUUUCGUCUAUGGGUCCAGUUACGGAUGAUACCUAUAUUCACCCUGCUGCACUUACCAUUGGAAUGUACUCGCCCGACUCAUUCUCAUACCCGCAAGCCAUGCCGCUGCCCGAGAUGACUGGAAAUACAGACAUCUCAUACCCUCCACAAGAACUGAAUGAUUUAUUCCCUGAUGUUGCCGAAACCAAUGGUGACCACUCACCCGCGGUUUCACUGGAGCAAAACUUUUCGGCUGUGGGAUUAUCGCAGGCAACACCAGCAGUAGUCCCUGAAGAUGGUGACGAAGCCAUGGAUGAGACGGGCACCGAAUCCAGCUUUAUCGCGGCAUCGUCUUAUAAUGCCAUGCUUGAGACUGGGAUGGACAACUCCGCUAUCAUAAAGAUGCUCAAAACAUUCCCCAAAGAGCUCUUGGAACUUGCACUUCGCAAAGAAGACGAGCCUGGAACCUCGGGUGCUGCUGAAGAGCCCCAAAGAGACAAGGAUGGGCCCCAGUGCCAAUGGUGCAACAAGGUAUUCCAGCGACCUUGUGAACUCAAGAAGCAUAUUAAACGUCACUUGAAGCCAUAUCCAUGCACCUUUAAGGGCUGCAGCAACAGAAGAUUUGGUAGCAAAAAUGAUUGGAAGCGUCAUGAGAGCAGCCAGCACGAAACUGCUGACCAGCAAAGCCAGACGUGGUUCUGCGACGGCUCAUGCAAUCAAGUUCGCUUCUAUCCUACCAAGGACGCAUUUGCCGCCCAUAUUACGCAGUAUCAUGGCGUAGUGGGGGUCAGCGAUUUGCAUGCGUACAUCUCUACUUCUGUAUUUGGAGGUCGACAGGACCGGCGGUUCUGGUGCGGCUUCUGCGCAAAGGUUCUCGACGGCGGUGAUGGAGGAAGCGGUGCGUGGACUGCUCGUUGCGAUCACAUCGACCUGCACUUUUCCGGUAAGGACGGAUUCGACCAGGGCAACAUGGACAACUGGCGUUAUCUUGAGGAUGAACCCGGCAUGGAGCAACGUAAAGCGAUGCUAGAGUCUCAAGCCUCAUCGUCGGCCACGACGAGUGUCGCAACAUCUUUUUCGUCAGCCAAAAGCCAGAGCACGGCAACAACUACACAUUUACAACCUUCGCCACUCGAAGACCGCAAGCGUAAGGGAGUAUCAUCUCCUCACGUGCGGCAGAGAGCGGCCAAGCGUUAA